AUGUCACUUGAACCAACUCUUAGUUUAGAAGAUUUAAACUUUUUAACUCCUCAAGAUCCUGAAUCAUGUAAUAAUUUAAUUAAACAACAACAACAACAGAUGAAUAUUAACAAUAACAACAACAACAACAAGGCAACAACAUCACCAUUUCAACCACAAUAUUUUAUAACAAAUAAUAAUAACAACAAUGUAACAUCAUCUGAGAAUAAUAUAACACCAAAACAUAAUAACAAUAACAAUCAAUCAGGAGGAUCAACAACAACACCAACAACAUAUCAAAAUAUACCACCAUCAACUAUUAUUAAAGUAAACAAACAACAAGCAAAAUCAAGGGAAUUGGUGGAAUGUCCCAUUUGGGCAGCUGAACCAAAUAUGGAAAGAAACGAUCAUCUCCGAUUUGUAAAGGGUGGUGAAUCUUCACAUUCAUCGAUUAUAUCACUUGAAGAAUCGAAAUUUGUAGUAUUUGGACGUUCAAGUUCUGUUUGCGAUUAUAUAUUUUCAAAUCCAACAGUAUCAAGAAAACAUUGCUUUAUUGCACACGAUUUCGAAGGAAGGAUACAAGUUGUAGACUUUGGGUCGAGUCAUGGAACAUUUAUCAACAAAACACGCGCCGUUCCAAAUAGACCUUAUAUUCUUCGUCAUGGUGACAAGUUGUAUUUGGGCAACGAUACGAGUUAUUUGGUGGCUUGGAAGAGCAGCCAGAACCGUCUGCUUGCCGAAUCACUCAUCAACAAGCGUGCGGAGUUGAUGUCAAUGAAACGUGACGAAUCUAUUGAUUCGGCAACACUCACCGAACACGAGGAGUCCCUCAACGAUCAGAUUGUAGAGUUUUACACAACUCUCAACAAGACACUCCUCUCCAAUGAUGGCUCCUUUGAAGAGAUUGACUCGCUUCAAGGCCAUCUUUCACAAUUGACCCCACCAUCUCCAUCCAAAAAGAAUGAGGUAAAUAGUACGAGACUUGUCGGAUCCAAACGUCGUAACCAUGAACAUAGUACCCCUCACCAACCAAAGUCGGUCCGUUUCUUGGAUAUAGCCAACAAAUUUAUCUACUCGGAAUUGGAUCAAGUUGAUCAAAGUUAUCCAACCAUUCAAACAUCCAAUGUACAGUUUAAUGAACACUCUUCACCUUCUAAACGUUUAUUAUCACCUUUAAAGAAAUCUCCCAUUACAAUUACUACUGUUAUUAAUCAUAUUUCUAACAGCGAUAGUAUGAAUGUUGAUCACCAACAACAAGAAGACGGUCAAGAACAAGAUGAUGAAACUGAUGGGACGACGGUCAUAAAUAGCAACAACAAUAUUUUAAGCAACUCUAAUCUUUAUAAUUUUAUCAUGGGAAUGAAUAAUACUAAUAAUAAUAUCAAUAAUAAUAAUGUAAAUCAACAAGGCAACAAUACAACUACUAAUCAAAAUGUAAAUAAUUCAAGUACAGCAACAACCAUAUCAACAACCGAAAACAACAACAACAAUUCCAGUGAUGAAGAUGAUGAUACCUAUUCCAUUUUCACCUUUUCAUCACCAAAGAAAAGAUUUAAAAUAAAAAGUACUAGCACGGCGGGUAAUAAUGACGAUGAUGGAGAAUCGAGUGAUGACAAUUCAAGUCAAACCUUGGUUCCCCAAAUUUGCACCUAA